AGGUUUAUAUUUCCUAGUCAGGGUAUACAUUUCUGCAGCCUGUAGUGGAGUUUUCUAGGGUUCCGCUUUGUCAAUUGGGGUGGAAAAUAUGCAGUUAAGCCGGUUAUCAGCACCUUUGUAUAUGUUACGUAGAUUUAAGUCGGUGUCAGGUGUGGAUCCCACACGGAUGCAAAACCCUUCCCAAGUCCCAGGGCCAGCUCUGGGCUGAAGUAAAUAGAAACAUGCAAAUUGGCAUGCACAGUAAAUACACAGGAAGCAGAACCAUUAACAGUUGGUGGAAAGGAAGCCAAGGAAAGAAAGAAAAAAAAAAGAUUUGAAAAAGUCCUAAGCUACAUUAAGGACUAACUGACGCCACUACAAUCCCUGUCUUAACAUCCCCCACCCCCGUCAGAAACUCCCAUAUCAAAGACCGUCCUGGACUGAGGGGCACAGAGCCCUACCUGCCCUCACGCCCACCCUUGCCCAUGACUGUGAGGGUCCCCAACUCUUUCUGCACAGGGUUCCACUCGUCACAAAACCCGAGACUCCAGUCACCCCCGCGCCCUUGCUACAGGCGGACACGUGGCAGCUCAGGGUCCGAGCCGCGGCCACCGACGCCCACCCUCGGCUGCCCUUCGGUCUCCCCGCCGCCUGCACCCCCACCGCCUCCUGCGAAGCCACCGAGACGAGAGUCCUCCGGGCCGCCUAGAGCGCCCCGGAAGUGGUGGUGACGGUAGAGGGGCGCGGACCGGCGGCGCUUCCGGCGGCGGCGGCGGCUCGGGGCCCGCAGACAUGGCCCUGCAAUCGAGACGUUUUCCAGAACAGCCUCUGCAGCCCCCCGCGGGGUCUCGGUGCCCCGGGGUUCCCUCGCCCUGUGCUCCACGGAGAAGGGGCUUUGUGUUUGUACGUACCCCCCCCCACACACACACACACCCACUCCCCGCAACGCCUCUCAGCUCCCAGGAGCUCUCCCUGCGGGGUGCGCGCCCCGAUGUUUGCGUCCCUUACUAAAGGACCCUUCACCUCUUGCUCCCGAGACUUCAUCUUUUCCUCGGUCCCCAGAAUACUUGUUUCUUGCGUAUUUCUCCCCGGUACGCGCUACCGCUCCUCCCCUAACGCCCCGGCUCUUCUAAGGACAGGGAGGGGUCCACGCGGGAACGGGCGCCUCCCUCCCCCGGUUCUCUCCUGCUCCCACUCUGUGCCCGCCUCCUUUUUUGUGUGUGUGUGUCCCUUGGGCACAAGAGGAUAAUGUUGACGCCUGUGGGAGUCCAAGUGGCGUCCUUGUCAGUGCUUCCUUCGACGUGGCAAGGCUGGAGACCCCGUGAUUUCCCUUGCUGUGUGUGUCAUGGUAACUUUUGGGUUAAGAACUUGUUUCAGAAGUGAUACCUGACUUUAAUGUUAAAGGCGGUUUUUGUCUCGCUAGCCGGAUGACCGUGCUUUCAGCUGUCUUGUACCGCCCUGCACACACCUGCAUAUCACGCGUGAGGAAGCAUCCGUCCUGAGUGAAUUCCUGGCACUGAGCCUGCAGGACACCUUUUCCAGCGUCGGGGCCCUUCCGCCUCCUGCCUGUGGUGCUUCGAGUCAGGCUCUCAAGUGACUGGGCUCCCGUUUUCUCCUGGUUUCCUAUUAAACAUCUCCCUAAAGGUGGAUUGUGGCCUUUACUUCCCUCUGCUCCCCGUAGGGCCAGACAGUACAGCAUCGCACUGUCACACCCAGUAAAUAGGAUGUAAACAGCAUCCCUCUAGGACCAGCACCUUCCUUCACUUUGCAGACCGGGAGGCUGACUCGGAAAGGUGCGAGAAUGUGCCCAGAGAUGGCUGGUGACAGGCCAGGGUUUGUCUUUGGGGCUCUUGCUACAUUUGAGGAAACUUUUCAUUUCUCUUGAGUUGUGGUCUCAAAGGGCCACAUUUUUGUGCUCCAAGUAUGACUCGUCCUGUGGCCUCACCAACUGCUCAAAGUUGGAAGAAGCAGAUAGAAUGAGGGGGUGGGGUGGGGUGCAGUGGGGCGUCACAGCUAGAAGUGCACUUGUGAGUACCACAUGCCUCUCACUGUGGGACGUGACGAGGGGUGGCAGUAAGCUCACUGUAGCUGCUACCUGGGUUAUCUGCAGUCCCUCCCAGGUGAGGGGUGAGAGGGCUCGAGGCUUGAGUCAUGGAGGGCAGGGGACAGCUGGCUGUGAGGGAGAAGACAGGACUGUCAGAGCAACCACAGGCUCUGAGCAGACCAGCCAGGUGGUCAGUGUCAGGACCACAGCUCAGUCCUCGGAGGCUGGAGGAUGGUGGUGUCUUACCAGGCGAAGUGUGGUGGGGCCUGUGAUUCUCACAGACUGCCCUGAGCCAGGGCAAGUCUGCUCAGUGGCACAGGGAGGGGUGUGGGAUGUUCUGGGAAAUUGUUAUAAAAGGAUGGAAUUGUCCAGCUGGAAGUAACCACAGUGACUCCAGUCACUUGGUAGAAGCUGGCAAGAGCCAGUGUGUCAGCACUCUGGCGGCUGGGCAGACAGCUAGGCAGCCUUGGACACGGGGUCAGUCACUGACCAGCUCGUGCUGAAAGUUUCUACAUCACUUGUUUCAGCUGCAGCUUCCCGGUGUGUCUACACCGGUGAGGACACGCCUACAGGCAGCCUAGGCCUGCGCUCCAUGACAUUUUUCUUUCUUUCCCCUUCUGCUUUCCAGUUCCUAAAGCACUAUGCGUGUGAGACAGCGCUGUGAGUCCUGGAGAGAGGCACCGCUGGCUCAGACAGUACAACCUCGGUUAACCGGAAGCCAGCUCCUGGGGCCCCUCUACUCCCUGGUCUGUGGUUGAAGGGAGAAGCUGCCACCGUCCCUGCAGAGAAGGCCAGAGGUUUCAACAGUGUGGAGAAGUCUAGGGGACAGUGUGACUCGUGAGAGGUCCGGGAGCUCUCUCCUGGCCAGGUUGCUAAGAGCCUGGAAGACGAGGGACAGCUGAGGCAAGAGGUUGCUGGAACUGGAGGGGGGAACAGAGGAGGCACUGUGGCUUGUGGCCCAGGAUCAGCAGAACGGGGUGGGCAGAGUGGAGAGAGAAACGGGCAAGCGAGGGGAACAGGAGGAAAGGGGAGAGGUGGCAGGAAGGCUGCAUGUCCCCCAUCUGAGGGACGAGCCUCUCCCCACAUGGCCUCCAAGCAGGCGGCCGGGAGGGGCCCCGGGGAGAAGCGCAAGAGGGUGGUGCUGACGCUGAAGGAGAAGAUGGACAUCUGCGCCCGCCUGGAGAAGGGCGAGAACAGGAAGGCGCUGAUGCAGGAGUACAACGUGGGCAUGUCCACCCUGUACGACAUCAAGGCCCACAAGGCCCAGCUGCUGCGCUUCUUCGCCAGCUCCGACUGCAACAAGGCCUUGGAACGCCGGCGCACGCUGCACACGCCCAAGCUCGAGCACCUGGACCGCGUCCUGUACGAGUGGUUCCUGGGCAAGCGCGCCGAAGGCGUGCCCGUCUCGGGCCCCAUGCUCAUCGAGAAGGCCAAGGACUUCUACGAGCAAAUGCGGCUAACCGAACCCUGCGUGUUUUCUGGCGGGUGGCUCUGGCGUUUUAAGGCCAGACAUGGCAUUAAGAAGCUGGACGCGUCCAGCGAGAAGCAGAUGGCCGACCACCAGGCGGCCGAGCAGUUCUGUGGGUUCUUCCGGAGCUUGACCUCGGAGCACGGCCUGACGCCGGAGCAGGUUUACAACGCCGAUGAGACCGGCCUCUUCUGGCGGUGCUUGCCGAGCCCCACCGCCGAGGGUGGGACCGUGCCCGUCGGAGGCAGGCAGAACAGGGACAGGCUUACGGUCCUCAUGUGUGCCAAUGCCACGGGCUCCCACAAAAUCAAGCCUCUGGUGAUCGGAAAAUGCAGCGGCCCCCGGGCUUCCAGAGGCAUCCAGCACUUGCCGGUGGCGUACCGGGCCCACGGUAACGCGUGGGCGGACAGGGCGGUUUUCUCUGACUGGUUCCAUCAUAUCUUUGCGCCGUCGGUGAGAGAGCACUUCCGCGCCCGGGGCUUGCCGGAAGACAGCAAAGCCAUGCUCUUGCUGGACAGCUCCCGGGCCCACCCGCAAGAGUCCGAGCUGGUUUCCGCCAACAUCUUCACCAUCUUCCUGCCCGCCAGCGUCACCUCCUUAAUCCAGCCCAUGGACCAGGGCAUCCGACGAGACUUCAUGAGGAAUUUCAUCAACCCGCCCGUCGCGCCGCAGGGCUUCCACCCGCGCUACAACGUGAACGAUGCCAUCUGCAGUGUGGCCUGCGCCUGGAACGCGGUGCCCGGCGACGUCUUCAGCCGGGCCUGGAGGAAGCUGUGGCCCGCGGCGACGCUGGCCGAAGGCUCCUCUUCCGAGGAGGAGCCCGAGCGCCUCAGAGCCAAGCCUCACGACCAGACCUUCGCGCACAUCCUGGAGCUCGGGAGGGAGGCCGCGUCCCGCCCGAGCAGCAGACUCAACGGGAGCGCGGCCGAGCGGGCUGGGCCUGUGCAGGAGGCUGGAGGGGGGCGCCCCGCCUCCGGCCACCCGGAGCGGGCCGGCAAGGACGGCGGGGCCGGGGCGGGCGAGGAGGCGGCCUGGGAGCAGGCGGCCGUGGCCUUUGACGCCGUGGUCCGCUUUGCCGAGGCGCAGCCUUGCUUCUCCGCACAGGAGGUGGGGCAGCUGCGCGCGCUGCGCUCCGUGUUCGUGCGGCAGCGGCAGGGGCGGCGGCGGUGCCCGGCCCUGAGGGCCGGGGUCAAGCUCGAGGCCCCCCAGGAGCGCGCGGGGGGCUGCGCCGCCUCUGCCGGCUCCCCGCUGGCCGGCGAGGACUGAGAGGACUGACGUGCGCGCAGAGCCACGUGGCUGCGUGGCCACGCCCCCGGCAGGGAGCUGUCCAGGAGGGUGGGUGCUGAGACGUGCACGGCCCAGCCCCUCGCAUUCCGGUUAACCAAGUAACCCUUACCUGCCGUGCCACAUGAACGUGAGAUGUUCUGGAAGGGUCCGCCAAACCUAAAACAUACCCGAGCAUCCUGUGGCUAGAAUCCAGAACGGGCCGGGCAGUUUCUGGUCUGCUGUUUUCUGGCUGAGCCUUGCUGUGUCCGAGGGUAGAGAUGUCUGUCUGGGAGGAGAAAAGUCGGCCUUUAGGUCGACCAAUGGCAGUACCUGCCACCAUUUGACAGGCUGGCAUGUCCCAAGGCCGACCUCUCCUGCCCCUUGGGGCGCGGUCUGCUGGGCUGGCUGCCAUGCCAGUGUUAGUCCCCAGGGGCAGUUCACCACGGGCUGGGACUCAGUUUAUGACCUUGAGUCAGCUAAGUCCCCUGCUGUGGCUUUACAGGCAACCUGUGACCACCCUAUUCGCGUGUCCCCGCUUCAGGUGUGAUCUUGCUCAGCAGCACGAGUUUUUGCUGGAAGUUCCUCCAUGUUGCCAGCAGAUCCUGUGCUUUGGGCUUGGACCCCAAGAUGUGGGCUGCACGCUGACUUCUGUAAAACAAACAGGAACGUUGGGCCAGGCCUGCCCAUCGCCCACCUGUGGUGUUUCUAGCAUCUUGGCUCAGAGUCCAGUAGAUGGUCCAUUGUCCCCCCGUUCCUCAGAAUUUCACACUCAUGAAUAAAUCUUGAUCAGGCCUUCAGAAAUUAGUCUUAGGUUUGCACAUACAUAACAAAGAACAGGAAAAACAAGCUGUUUAGAUUUCUAGCAAUAGUUGGAUUUCUACCCACAGUUGUUCACUCCUUGGUGAGACUUGCCGGGGAAAGUUGGCUGUUCUGGCUGGUUUGGUAAAGGCGGGGUGUGAAGACAUGGUGAUUCUUCCUGUCUCGUAGGCGGCUCACAGCUUCCCCGGUGGCGCUGCCUCACUCGCGGCCGGACCUGUAGUCACAGAAGGCCCUGGGUCGGCAGCACUUACCCUCCUCUUUGAACACGACAUGGGGUAUUUUUCUGUGUUCUUUUCACUGCUUUGCCUUUGAAUUCCAUCCCCUUGAAGUCAGUGUCAUGGGAGCUGAGUGGAUGUGUAGUUUUCAUCUGUUUGCUCUUUAUUCCACCGGGGGGACCUUUGUUCCCAUGAAAGCCGAGGAAACUCAAGUGUUUGGUUCGCACUGGGUUUCUCUUGUGUUUGUGCAGCUUUCCAGACACCCAGGUGGCAGCCAUUGCCGACAUGGCGCCGCACCGUGGAGCGUGUGCCCUGCUUUGGGUGCAUGUAUGAAGACUGGGAAACGCGCACAGACCGUGUGCAGCUUCCUUGCCGGUUCUUUGGGCCGGAGUGCCUCCAUGCUGUGCUGCUGUGACACGUUUCCUUCACAUGCCUGGGUAACACCUGUGCCCCCGUGUGCUUCCGUGUCGUUUUGUGUCACUCCCAGACGCCUGUGCAUCCCCGCGCCAUUGAGUUGCAGCUGCUUGAGGUGUAACAGGAAGUUAGAUGUGGAAUCAGCAUGGCUGCCCUCGCCUUUGGCUGUGGCCGCGUGGAGACGGACGGGCAUGCCAAGCGAGAGGUGCCCCCACAGUCAGCCUGCCGGCCCCAGCCCAGCGGUUCUUGAGCAGCAGGACUUGGGCGGGUGGGUGGAGCCAGGGAGAGGCCUGGCAGGCGGGGCUCCUGGCUGGUGCUCCUAGAUCCCAGGCCGUGGCUCUUGUCAUGCCCUCAUGACCUGCUCCUGUCCUGGUGUCUUGUUGCAGAUCAAUAAACGCUCAUCAGCGUACAAACUGA